AUGCCCAUGAAACCAGCUGCCCCGAGGCUCUCUAUGGGAGACGUGCCUCCGGGUUUCUUUGCGAGAAUGAGGCAGAUUCAGGAGGAGAUGAAAAAUGAGGGACCUGACGGAACUGCCGCUAAAAAGUUUGCGGAGGACAGACGAGCUAGGGAGAAGGCUGAUCGCGUCAGAAAUGCUAUGACAGAGGCAAGGAGGAAAGAUCUGGAAGGGUUGGAGAAUAAAAAAGCUGACCUUGAUGAACAAUUAGCUAAGUUGCAAGUGCAGAGUCGUUUAGAAAAAGAGAAGUCUAACAGGUCGAAAGCAGAAUGGGAUAAAACGAAAGCGGAGUUGGAUGCUGAAAAAGAUAGAUUGAAAUCAGAUAUAGCUCAACUGAACAAAGACAUUGCUAAACUGGAGCAGGAAAUCCAAGAUCUACAUUCUGUGAGAGAUAGAGCCACGUUAGAAUUCGAGAAUGAAAAGAGGGAUUUGCUUUUAAAUUUAGAUGAGCUCAGAUUGUCAAAGUCUAAUUUAGAAGGUUGUCUUAAAAAAUUAGAAGAAGAUGAAGAGGCUGAGCGAAAGAAAAGUGAGCGACUUACUAAAGAGCAGCAAGAUCUCAUCAAUAAUCUCAAUAAGCAAAUUGAAGAAAUUACUACUGCCAUUGCAGAUCUGAAACGCCAAGAAGAGGCUUUAAGACGGAAAAUCGCUGCAGACGAAGCAGAGCGAAAUGCUAAGAUGAAAGAUCUGGAGGAUCAAGCAAAGAUGAUGCAGUCCAGAUUAGACAUGUUAAAUGAUGAUGAGGAUUCUUUGAAUAAAACGAUAGAGGAUUUAAAGAGGAAGCUCGACGAACUAAGAAAAGUAUUUGAUGAUCAGAAGGAGAAAGACAGAUUGGCUAAAGAGGGCUUUGAAAAGCAAGAGAGUGAUCUGUUGGGCCGACUUGCUGAGCUUACAAAGUUAAAAGAGGAACAUGAAAAGUCACUUGCUCAUUGUCGGCAAGAACAUGAAGAUGCAGACAAGAACUUUGCCGAAGACGCUGAUAAUCGGGCAAAACGUAUUAAAGAACUCGAGGAUCAAAUUAAGGGAACGGAAGAUCGAAUAGAAGAUCUUAAGAAAGAUGAAGCUGAAGACAAGAGAGUACGAGCUGAGCAUGAUGAAAAAACAUGGGCAGAACUUGAAGAUUUGGCCAGGAAAAUUGCGCUAUUAAUGGCGAAAAUAUCGGAUUUAGAAGCGGAGGAACGAAAGCGUACCACCGAACUUGCAAAUGGGAAAAUAAUUUGGGAUAAGAAAAAGAAACAAGAUGAAGCCAACAUAGAUGAUAACAAGAACAACUUAGAGUCUCUACGCAAAAGGAAAGCUUUACUCGAAGGUAAAGUUGCUGACGUUAAGCAAGAAAUGUCCGAAACUAAAGCAGAUAAUGACUCGAAAAAUCAGAAGAGAACUUCAGAAAUGGAUGGAUUGAAGGAUGAAAUUGAUGAUCUGAAAAGAUCUAUUAAGGAUCUUGAGGAAGAGAUAAGGAACUUAAAAGCCUCUUUUGAAAAACUUCAGGAGGAUCAAAGAUUAAGAAUCGAACAGGAUGAAAAGAUGAUUGCAGAUCUAGAAAAGACCAAAGAUAACUGCAAUGGCAAAGAAGAGGAAUUGAAAAGAUUAAAGAAAGAGCUUGAAGAAAAGAUCAGAGCCCUCAAAGUGAAGCAUGAGGAAGAGUCGGCUGAGAGACAAAAGAGAAUAAACGAGCUUUGUGAAGAUAAUAAAUCCCUAAAGUCUUCCAUUCGUGAUCUAGAGAAUGAAAUUGAACGGUUAGAAAAACUGUUGGCGGAACUUCAAGAAGAAUACGAUAAUCUGUUGAAGAAACAAAACCGAGCUAUUAAAGACGGUGAGCGAACAAAGAAAGAGCUUGAACAGCAAGAAGCUGAAAACAAGAACCUUCUUGAUGAUCUCAACAGACAGACACGUAAAAUUAAAGAUUUGGUCGAUCAGAUCAAUAGUGAGAUUGAGAAACUCCGUCUGAAAGCUGACGUUGAGGAACAAACAAAGUUGAUGAAUGAAGAAGAGAUUGCUAGAUUAAGAGCGGAGCUAGAGGGGGCAAAGCGAAGAGAAAAGGAAGAGCAGGACAAGCUCAACGACCUUUUGCAACAAAACAGUGACAUGGAGAAACGUCUGACUGAUCUAGAGGAAGAACAUGAGAAAUUAAAGGCAGAUUUAGAAAGGGAACGGAAACUUGCUGAGAAAAGAAAACAGGACUUAGAAGACAGAAAAUUAAGAGCUCAAGGGAUCCACAAAGAAAGAGCAGAUAGGAUCAAUCGGUUGGCCGAUGACAUAAAGUGGAAGAGAGAUGAGAAGGAAAGGCUCCGACUGGAACGGGAGAGUAAGUUUAUUACUUGUCAUCGUACCGACUCAUCAUAUCGCUGUACCACCAAACAUUAG